AUGACAUCGAGUCGCGCCAGUCCUUUCCCGCCGACAACCACAGCAACCAAAACUGCCAUGGCCGCACCGGCUUUUCUACAACAAUCGCAACCUUUCAGGCCGUCCAACGGUCAACCCUCAUUCCUCUCCGUCAAUCCCUUCGAGCGCGAUGCGACCAAGCCCGUAGGCACUCCGUUCGCCAACGCAGGUCCAGCUGUCUCGUCUGUUUUAAUUCGCCGGCUCCCGCUGAACACCUCCGAAGAAUCGCUCCGUCUUAUGGUUGUUUGGUCUAAGGAAUUGGUGGAUGUUGAGGUUCUCCCCGUUGAUCAGUCGGAGGACAAGGGCUUCCGAUCAGCUAUCUUGAAGUUUAGGACUGCGAACGGCGCGAUCGAGGCAAAAAAUAUGCUAGACGGGAAAUCCAACAUUUCCAAUGACGCCAACAUGAUUGUCGAGAUCCUGGGAGGAAGCCCGGCCACGUCGAGGAGAUAUGCCGAGCCCGCGGGAACCGGAUCUUCGAGUACAGCCUCCUCAGCUACGUCCUCAGCGCCGACCUCGCGACAGCCAUCACGGUUCAACGGUGCCUUCCAAUCACUCGAGAAGAUUUCGCCGCCUUUGAAUGGCAUCUAUGGCUCAAGCGAGCUGCCAAACCCCGAGUCCAGUGCACACUACCAGAAUCUCUUCUCUCCACAGUCACCUAUUGGAAACCAUCUCUCCGAACGAACCCGUGUCACAGGAAAGUCGGUAAUCAACGAUGAUGCCGCUGACGAUGACGACACAGGCGAGCUGCUGAAGGACCCAGUUGCCUAUGCGGAAAAUGGUGCGACGGCUCAGAGGAGGGCCACCGCCCCGCAACUACCAAUCUCGCGUCUAGCCAGCCUAUCUCUCAACACCAACGCAUCAUCUGGACCAUCUUCGCUUCCGCAGUACGGUCAGCAAGGGAUAGGAGCGAUGUCGGCUCACCCGGCCGCCAUGUCGCCCACCGUUAUGGGCGGCGGUCCACAUGGGGUACCCUUCCACAUGGCAGGUAGUCACCCGUACGCUCGUCACAACUUCCCGCCUGUCAACCCUGCCGACCAGAACCCGCCGUGCAAUACUCUGUACGUCGGCAAUCUGCCUAUCGACACCUCGGAGGAAGAACUGAAGGCUAUGUUCUCCAAGCAGCGUGGAUACAAGCGUCUUUGCUUCCGGACGAAGCAAAACGGGCCCAUGUGUUUCGUGGAAUUCGAGGAUGUAUCUUUCGCUACGAAGGCCCUCCACGAACUCUACGGGCACCCACUUCACAACAGCGUCAAGGGCGGGAUUCGCCUGAGCUUUUCGAAGAACCCCCUCGGCGUUCGAUCCGGCCAGACCCCUGGCCAAACGACAUCCCCGAUGGGCGGAAUGAUGACAGGAUCCACGAACGGGUUCAAGACCGCCAAUGGACCUCCUCCCGGACUUGCUGCUCCUCCAGGACUCGGCGCCGGUCGUUACAACGGUGGCUCAACCCCGCAGUCUUACACUGUCGCAGGGUUUCCGGCUAGUGGCAACAACAACGUCUGGAAUGGAUACGGCGGUGCCAUGACGGCCGGCGGGCCCGGUUCUUUGAUGAACGGCAACAACUCGAACUAUCUGCCCCCACACAUGCUGGGAAGGUAG